GUUUUCCAAACCAGUGGCAGCCAUCCUCGCCGACUCUCAUCUCCCCAAGGAGAUGCAAUGUGAACAAACUUAUCUGUCAGCGACUAACAAAGUUAAUUAAUUAACUAUGCUCCCUCUUUGAAAAUGCUUCUCUUCUUUCUUCCUUUCUUCAUUCUCCGUGCACAAGCACAAACUGCCACAUUCAAAAUCUUAGACAAAAAGUCCAGAAACAGAGACUAACAAAGUCAUGCAGGGUGACCAUUGACCAACAACGUGUUCGAGUGCAACCCAAAACCAAAACCAAAACUAAGAUCAAAGUCAGAAUCUUUGAGACAAAAGCUCACAUGGGUGUCUCUCUUUCAGCUUAGUUUUUGAAAAUUUUCUCUUCAAAAUUGGAUAUGAGUUCUCUUCAUCUUCUCCUUCCUCUGAUUCUAUUGGUUGCUCUUUCCACUCCACAACAGGUGGUUCGUGGAAAUGCAGAGCUGAGAGCUUUGAUAGACCUGAAAUCCUCUCUGGACCCAGAAGAGAAGAUCCUUGGCUCGUGGAUCAGUGAUGGUGAUCCAUGCAGUGGUUCGUUCCUGGGGGUUGUGUGCAAUGAGGACAACAAAGUGGCUAAUAUAUCAUUACCAGGAAGGGGUCUUUCUGGCCACAUCUCUCUAGCUGUGGCUGAACUUAAAUGCUUGUCAGGUUUAUACUUACAUUACAACCAUCUCUUUGGGGAGAUACCCAGAGAGAUUUCAAAUCUCAAUGAAUUGGUUGAUCUCUAUCUAAACAUGAAUAAUCUAUCUGGAACCAUUCCUCCAGAUAUCGGGAACAUGACUAGCCUUCAAGUGCUGCAGUUAGGCUAUAACCAGCUAGUGGGGAAAAUACCUGAGCAGAUGGGUUCGUUGAAACAGCUUGAUACUGUUGCUUUGCAGCAUAACAAGUUAACUGGUCAAAUUCCUCUAAGCUUGGGGAACUUGGAGAAGCUAACGAGGCUAAAUUUGAGCUUUAACAACUUCAAUGGCGUGGUCCCGGCAACACUAGCUGAUAUUGCAAACUUGGAAAUCCUAGAUAUUCAAAACAAUUCUCUUUCAGGGAUUGUUCCUUCUGCAUUGAGUAGAUUAAGGGAAGGAUUCCAAGGUUCAAACAACCCAGGUCUUUGUGGAGUUGGGUUUUCUACUUUGACAGCUUGCCACAAAGAUAAAGUCUAUGAUGUUGGGCAGAUUACUGGUACUUCAAAUGUAUCCAUAGAAACUAAUCCUCCAAAAUUUUUCCCAGAGCCUGGAAAUACCCAAUUGCAUUGUAACCAGACCCAUUGCUCAAAAUCAAGAAGGUUUCUUCAUACUGUCAUUGUAGCAAGUGCUAUAACUACCAUCAUCACAUUCAUAGGUUCCGGACUUUUCAUAUUUUUUAGAUAUCGCCGCCAAAGGCAGAGAAUAAGGAAUACAUCAGAUUCUUCUGAAGGCCAACUUAGUCCUGACAAGCCUAAAGAGUUAUACAGAAGUCCAUCUCCACUUGUUAAUCAUGAGUAUUAUUAUAAUGGUUGGGAUUCAUCGAUUGAUGGUCAAAAUGCCAGUGAAUACUUAAACCAUUUUAGAUUUAACGUUGAUGAGAUUGAAUCAGCAACACAGUACCUAUCCGAGGCCAAUUUAUUGGGUAAGAGCAAAUUCUCAGCAGUCUAUAAGGGAGUUCUCAGAGACGGUUCUCUUGUGGCUAUUCGAAGCAUUAGCAUGACAUGCUGCAAAACCGAGCAAGCUGAAUUUUUAGAGGGGUUGAGACUACUAACCUCAUUGAGACAUGAAAACAUUGUUAAGAUGAGAGGUUUCUGUUGCUCAAGAAGUAGAGGUGAAUGGUUUUUUAUCUAUGAAUUUGCCACCAGGGGAAAUGUCUCUCAAUAUCUUGACAAAGAAGAUGGAAGUGACCAUGUGCUUGAGUGGUUCAAGAGGGUUUCUAUCAUCAGGGGCAUUGCAAAAGGUAUUGGAUAUCUGCACAGCAAUGAAGCAAGCAAACCGACAAUAGUACACCAAAAUAUUUCAGUUGAAAAAGUAGUUCUUGAUGAUCAGUUUAACCCCUUAAUCAUGGAUGCUGGCCUCCCUAAGGUUCUUGCAGAUGAUGUUGUUUUCUCAGCUCUUAAAGUAAGUGCUGCCAUGGGAUACCUAGCUCCUGAAUAUGUUACUACUGGACGCUUUACUGAGAAGAGUGACAUAUAUGCAUUUGGGGUAAUUGUUCUUCAAGUUCUAUCUGGAAAGACACUGAUUGGGGGUUCAAUCCGUAUGGCAGUUCAAUCUUCCAGAUUUGAAGAUUUUAUUGACUCAAAUAUGAAGGGGGUAUAUUCUAAAUCUGAAGCAGCUAUUCUUUCAAAACUUGCAAUGUUGUGCACCCAUGAGCUUCCUGAACAAAGGCCAACAAUGGUGGAGGUGAUUCAAGAGCUGAGCAUGUUUUCUGCUCAUUCCUCAUGAUCUACUACUUUCUAAGUGUAUAAUGAGAUAUUGAAACAUUUCCUAACAUUCAGGCUCCAUCCAUGACUUGCAUUUUCAUUGGCAUAGUCAUAACUUUAUCCAUUGCCAAAUAAUUGUAAAUCUAAAUGAAAUCCUUUCUUGUUUAUUUGGCAUGGUUGAUAGUGUUGAAGGAUUUUCCUUUAUUGUAAAUCGUUAAAUCGAAAGGCUUCCAAAGGUAGCUGUAGAUAAUGAAUAAAUUAAUAAUC